AAUGUCUGCGUCACUGUCGCUGAAAGUUGGUGUUGUUAAGAUUCCAGAAGAUUCUGAUUUCCGCCAUUUUAAAUCACUAUGUGAGGACACAGAUGGCUGGAAGCUGGAGGUCAAUAAAAAUCAGACAAUGGUCUGGACAAAAGCCAAUGACUUGUCAGACUUUAAAAUGGUGAAGGUGCGUUGCAUCUUCAGUGACAUUGAUGCUGCUACCUUAUAUGAUGUAUUGCAUGAUCCACAAUUUCGCAAAACCUGGGACCAAACAAUGCUGGAAGGCUCUGAAAUAUGUGCCAUCAACCCAAACAACGAUAUUGGCUACUAUGCAAUUCGGUGUCCAGCACCCCUAAAAAAUAGGGACUUUGUUACUCAGAGGUCAUGGUUGGAUUGUGGAUAUGAAAAAAUCAUAUUCAACCAUUCAGUGAAUCAUACGGCACGACCACUAAGGAAAGGUGUCAUUAGGGGUGUCUCAUACCUAACAGGUUAUUAUAUCACAAAGCUUGAGGACAAAAAGACACAACUAACUUAUGUAUCUCAAUCUGACCCCAAAGGUAACCUACCAGCCUGGGCUAUCAACAAGUUAACUAAAAUGUUUGCACCAAAAGUCAUCAACCGUAUCUAUAAAGCAGCUAAAACCUACCACACAUGGAAGGCCAAAAACAACCCCAGCUUUAAACCCUGGUUGAACCCAGAACAGAUGAUGACAAUGCUCCCCCCCUACAACCCAGCUGACAACGUUGUACAGGACGUCAUGACCGGCUCUAAGGAGUCUCUGGAUGAAGAGGAACUUAACGAGGCAGAUUUUAAAGAUGAGGAUUAUUAAAGAGGGCUUAAUGAGGCAAGCAGAGUUUAAAGAUAAUGAUUAUUUGAGCUAAAUGAGGCAGGCAGAUUUUAAAGAUGAGGAUUAUUUGAGCUAAAUGAGGAAGAUUUUAAAGAUAAUGAUUAUUUGAGCUAAACGAGGCAAAUUGAAAUAGGAUAAUAUAGUUAGUUUCAUUUUUAAUCAGAUGAGGAAGAGCUUAACGAGGUAAAUUUUAAAGAUUAGGAUCAUCAACAUUAAAGAUACUCAUUCCAUUUUCUUGCUUACUAACUUUUAAAUAACUUGUUAUCUCUAAUUACAUAUAAUUUUUAGUUAAUCUUGUGGGGUUUUUAAAUGGUUUUAUUUGUAUUUAGCAAUUUUAUUGUAUGAGUUUCUCCUCAUCUACUCUAGUGAAAGACAAUUCAGAAAGAUUCUUAAUAAUUAAUGUUUUGUAGGCUGUACAAGCCCCAACUGUAGUAUUUGGGGAUUUAAUUUAUUCCAUGACAUUUUGGCUACAUUACUGCUAAGGUGAUCUCAGGACAUUUGUCUAGAUUGAUUGAUUUGUGAUUGAUUUUAGUCGUGUACUAGAGGUAUUUUUUAAAGAUCUCUUAACUUAGUGAUAUAAAGAUAAGAUGUGAAUUAGAGGAUGAAAACCAAACUUGUAGAAACUUGUUUCAUAUAUAACAAACAUAUGAUUCAUGUUUUUUUUAUUUACCACCUUUCACUUUAUUGGUAGAAUAAUAGGAUUAUUAAGUGCAGUACAGUUUCCCAUUUUAGUGCUACUUAUUUCAACUGAUGAAUAAUCUUUAAGUUAACAUAUCAAAGCUGUUUGUGAAUCUAGAUCUAGAAUACCACCAUUGGUUUGUGAAUGUUUCACCAAACAGAAGUGUUUUUGUUCUUAAAUAUAAUUUUCAGGACUUGGAGGCUUUUUAAAAUUAUUUGAUCAGUUGAUGGAUAUGUAAUGAUAUUUUUUUUUUUCAUUCAAAGUAUUCUAAUUUCAUUGUUGAUGUAUUCAAUUCGUUUUCAAAUAUUGUUUUUAUUUAUCAGAACACUAUGAACCUAAGUAUUUCUUUAGGGAAGAUUUUUAGUGCAUAUCUGGCAGUUCUGAGAACUGCUAUUUUUUUUUUAAAUAUUGUUAAACUCAUGUAUAAUUCUUAUUGAUUUUCAGCCAUUUAAGGAGAUGGCUUAGUAAUGUUUCCUCUAGCAAAUUUAUUUUUUUGUGUUUUGAUUCUUGGUUAGUACUUAUUUCAAAGUACUUACUGUCUAAACUUUGUUUUGAAAUGCAAAUUUAGACAUAGUUAUUGAGCUUGUAAUACCCUAUUAUUUAAAAAAAAAAUUAGAUUGUUAAUUUAGAUAUUAUUUUUUAUACUGUAGGUAUUCCAAUUUUAAAAGAGAAUUUUUGUAUAUCAGUUGUAGCCUUGUCUUAUUGGUUUAAGCUAAUCACUUGUAGCUUUGUCUUAUUGAUUUAAGCAGAUAAGUUGUAGCCCUGUCUUUAUAAUAACAGUGUAGCAUUUAGUGAUCACGGAGAAUAAAUGUUGAUAAAACUAAGGGAGAAUUUCACUAGUCAUGCAUGAAUGAAGAAAUGACUGGAAUCAAAAGGUUAUGUGGACAGGUUUUGUGUGAAGAAAUAUUUUUACUGAUUGGAUGUGAGUGAUUGGGACAACUGUGACUUGGUGUGCUUGAAAAAUUAUUACUUUGUAUUGAAUGCUAGUAAUGACUGUAUUCUUGAGUCUGAACAUUUAUUAUACUAGGCUGGAUGCAAGUAGUUUGUAAUGAUUUUGUAAUUGUAAACCUCAGCCAAUAAACCAUCAGUUGGUGAAUAAAGUCUUGCCUAGAACAAUGGGAAUCAAACUGAACAAUGGAUGUAACUUGAUACACAGCACUACACUACAUUUAAUGUUUGAAUAUAAAACACUGUGUGUGCUAAUUUUGUACUAAUAGUAUUUGUGAAUGACUUUGAUGUUUCUAAAUUUUCUUCAAGGAAUCUCUUAAGUUUAUAAAAAACCAUCUAUACAUUUGAAAGUGACAGAAUGUGUACAGAAAAACCUCUUCCAACUUUUCCCUUUGUAAAGAAUUCGCUGCUGUUUUGAUUUGAAUUGCUCAGAAAUGGUUGUUUAUUUUAAAACUUUUUGUAGUGUAAACAAUAGCUAAAUGUAUUGUUAAAAAUUUAAAUGUUAAACCUUUUUUUUUACCCUUUGUGUUAAGAAAUUUUCCUAGCAAUUGCUGGUCACUGAAAUUAGUUAAAAAAUAUUUUAUAUCAGAGCAUCAUUUGUUACUGGGUAAAGAAAAAUGGAAAAAGUAUUAACCUAGUUUUUUGUUCAGUAUUUAUUGCUCAUUGUAUCAUAUGAAUGAGAUUUUAAAAUUGAACAUAAUUGUUGUUUUCUUGUUACCUACACAAAAUAGCUGCUCUUGUUUUUCUGUAUUUAUAAAUAAAUAUUUUUAUAAUAACUGUUGUGAAUUUUCGGAACAUUUUGACAAUAUUUAAUCGCUAUCUUUACUCUGAACUUACAUUGUGGGACCAAAAUUGUGGUGGACAGAUAGAACUGCCUGUGACAUUGAAGUGAAACUGUUAUGAGCGUCUGCAGAAACACUUAGAUUUAUCAUUUUUUUCCCUCUGGUUUUAAUUUGAUGCCUGCACUAAGUACAACAGUUAUUUGUGUAUACAAUGAUGUGAGUGCAAAGUUGCUGGUAAAUUAUUUUACCGCUGUAAAAUACGGGUUUUUUCCAAAUCAUGGAGUAAAUAUUUGACGGUUGGUAAAUUCUUGAUGUUCUUGUCUGGCUGUUGUGUAUCCAAGCCUAUACAUGCUACCGUUUUUUUUUUUACAGACCUCUCCAACCCUAAAUUUUAUCUACGAAAUUAAGUCUUCUUACUACUUUAAAGAGAACAUUUGUUUGUUUUUUUUUCACUAUUUCAGAGAUGUUUUGUAAAAACGGAUUUAAAAGAAUUUUUUUUUU